UGUGUGCAUUGCAUUGUUCCUUCCUUCUUUCUUUUUCUCUUUCAAUUAUAAAAAUCAAACAAAAUAAUCUAUCAAUCUAAAUUGGAUUUUCCGUUCAUUACGCGUUUUGCAUAAUCUCUUCUUUGUCUUCUUCUUCACCUUUUCUCAAUUAUCAUUACAACUUAAAACACACUCAUUAACACUUGUUCACUUCAUCUUCAUCUCAUCAAAAACCAUAUCUUCACACUUUCUUUCAUUUCAUCAUUCCAAAUCAAACACACCCUUUAGCUUAAUUCUUCAAAAUGGCAUCAUCAACAUCAAGCACAAUCCGCAAAGCAAUUGGUGUAAUGAAGGAUCAAACAAGCAUCAGCAUAGCAAAAGUAGCUGGAAACUUAGCUCCUGAUCUUGAAGUUUUGGUUGUAAAAGCAACAAGCCAUGAAGAAGUUCCAGCUGAUGAUAAAUACGUAAGAGAAAUUCUCAAUUUUACAUCUUUUUCUAAAGGCUAUGUUAAUGCUAGUUUAAUCUCAAUUUCUAAAAGAUUAGCGAAAACUCGUGAUUGGAUUGUUGCUGUAAAAUCACUUAUGCUUGUUCAUAGACUUUUAGUUGAUGGGCACCCUUCAUUUGAGGAUGAAAUUGUUCAUGGCACUCGUGGUGGAAUAAGGGUUCUUAAUAUGGGUGAUUUUAGAGAUGAGGCUCAUUCUAAUUCUUGGGAUCAUGCUGGUUUUGUUAGGGUUUAUGCAAUGUAUCUUGAUGAAAAGGUUGAGUUUUUAGUUUAUCAGAGGAAAUUGAAAGGUGUUGAACUUGGGAAUGUUGUUGAAUCUGGUGAUGGUGAAUUUGGUUCUGUGAAGAAAAAUGAGGUUACUCCUGUGAGGGAAAUGAGAGAUGAGAGGGUUUUGGAUAGGUUGAAGCAUUUGCUUCAAAUUAUCGAUCGUGUAUUAGGUUGUAAACCGAGUGGUGCUGCUAAGAAUAAUCGGCUAGUGUUGGUUGCGGUUUACCAGAUUGUGAGGGAUAGUUUUAAGGUAUAUGUAGAAAUUUGUGAUGUGUUGGGUGUGUUGAUGGAUAGGUUUAUGGAAAUGGAGUAUGCACAUUGUGUAAAAGCUUUUGAAUUUUAUGUUAGUGCUUCUAAGAUGAUGGAUGAAUUGGCAGGUUUCUAUGGUUGGUGUAAGGAUAUGGGAAUUGCAAGAUCCUCUGAGUACCCUGAAGUGCAGAAAAUCACUGAUAAUCUUUUAGGGACACUUGAGGGUUUCUUGAAGGGAAUGAGUGAUAGAACAAAGAGUCCUGAGAAGAAGUUAGAUGUUAAGGUAAUAACUUUGAAAGAACAAGAGCCAGAGCCAGGUUACAAUGAGGUGAAGGCUCUUCCGGCACCUGAGACAAAGAAUUUAACACCUCGACCGCAACCACCUUAUGUAGCUCCCGAGCCUAAAGAAGCUCCUCGUGUUCAACAAGAGACAGGUGAAUUAGUGAAUCUAAGAGAUGAUGGUGUUUCGGCUGACGAACAAGGCAAUAAACUUGCAUUGGCAUUGUUUUCCGGAGUUUCAAAUGUUAGGACAGAAGGUUCGUGGGAAGAGUUUAGUUCUUCCGAGGUAACUUCAGCGUGGCAGACACCGGCAGCUGAACUUGGGAAAGCAGAUUGGGAAUUAGCAUUGGUGGAAACUAGUAGUAAUCUUUCCAAACAAAAGGCGGAUUUGGGAGGUGGUUUCGAUUCACUUGUACUGAAUGGAAUGUAUGAUCAAGGUGCUGUGAGACAACAUGUGAACACAACUCAAGGGAAUGGUGGAAGUGCUAGUAGUGUGGCAUUGCCGGGAACCGGCAAAAAUGCAACACCAAUUCUUGCUUUGCCUGCUCCAGAUGGAACAAUGCAAGCUGUAGGAACACAAGAUCCAUUUGCAGCAUCACUGUCCGUGCCUCCUCCUUCGUACGUACAAAUAGCUGAAAUGGAGAGGAAGCAACAUUUGCUUGUUCAAGAGCAGCAACUAUGGCAGCAAUAUGGGAGAGAUGGAAUGCAAGGUCAAGUUGGUUUAACAAGGGUUGUACAACAACCUAUGAUGACAUAUGGAAUGCCACAAUUUGGUGGGAUUGGACAACAUGGAAGCUAUUACAAUGCACCUUUUUGAAGUGAGGGACUAAAACUUUGAUACUGCAAUUGGGAUACUAUAGUCCACAUACAUAGUUAAUGAUCAAAAAAUGUUUUGAGACAAAGUGUUCAAGACAAGAGGAGUUUAGUUUAAGAAAUUUGGUUCCCUCUGAAAUGGUUUGUGUAUCAUGAAUAUAAAAAACAGAUAUUGAGUUGAGUUUUGCCUGUUUUACAGAUUUAUCCUACUCAGUUUGGAUUAGUUGAAUUCAAUGUAAUUUCUGCA